AUGAACACUGAUGAUGAUGACCAAUCAAAAGUUGUUCGUUACUCUGGCUCCACAGAGAAACAAACCAUUCAGUUUGAUAGUGAAGGUAAACCUCUGUAUUCAUCUGGUUACUUCAGUAAAUACAUCAGUGAGAACAGGAACCUGGAUAUCUGUGUGGCUGACUAUGGAGCCCAUGCUGUAUUGGUGGUUAAUCAGGCAGGAAAACUUCGAUUUAGAUACACUAAUCCCUCUACUAUGAAGGGAUCAUUUGAUCCAGUCGGCAUCACAACAGACAGCCAGAGUCAGAUCCUUACAUCAGACAGUAACAACCUCUGUAUCCACAUCCUAGAUCAGGAUGGACAGUUCCUCCGUUACAUUGAUAACUGUAAUCUACAGUCUCCAUGGGGUUUAUGUGUAGACACCAGAGAUAACCUUUUUGUGGCUGAGUGGGACAGUGGUAAAGUGAAGAAAACCAAAUAUAUGUUAACAAUGUGUUUUAAAUGA